UUACUGUGCCUUAACCUGUCUUCUGCUGCAUUCCAUGACUCCAUAUUCAUAGUGUGAACUGUGAGAUUGAAAAUUCAGAGCCAUGUUCGUUGACUUCAAAACGACCAUCAACUUUCUUCAUCAAUAUUUCAUAUUUGCGAACAAAACCCCUUCCCCUCCUUAAAUAUUUUCCACUUUCAACUUUCAAACCUCAAUUUAUCCUUCAUCAUCCUUUUGCGUAUUUCAUCAUCAUCAUCCUUGUGGCUCUGUAACUUGCCGGGGCACAGUUUCUUCGUUCGCCUCUGGGUUCUUAAUCAUUGUUAUCCAAAGCUGCUGUCUAUUUUAACUGAUUAACUCUUGUUGGUGGUUCCCUGAGUGAUGGGUUGCUUUUCUUUUUUAUUUCAUAAGAAGAUUCCUUCGCCGCCCGCACAUUUUUCUGAUCAUGAAGAAGAUCUCUACGGUUUAAGAAAUGUUAGCAUCUUCUCCUACAAGGAUCUACGAGUUGCCACUGAUGAUUUUAGUCCUACAAGUAAGAUUGGGGAGGGCGGAUUUGGUUGUGUUUAUAAGGGAAGGCUUAAAAAUGGGAAUAUGGCUGCGAUAAAAGUUCUUUCUGCUAAAUCGAGACAGGGAGUGCAAGAGUUCUUGACCGAGAUUCAAGUGAUUUCAGACAUAGAGCAUGAAAAUUUAGUUAAGCUAUAUGGGUGCUGUGUGGAGGAUGAUCACAGAAUUCUUGUCUACAACUAUCUUGAGAACAACAGUCUUGCUCACACCCUUCUUGGUGAAGGGUCCAGUGGCAUCCAGUAUAGCUGGAAAACACGGACUAAAAUUUGUAUUGGGAUUGCACAGGGACUGGCCUAUCUUCAUGAACAAGUGAGACCACAUAUUAUCCACCGAGAUAUAAAGGCGAGUAAUAUACUCCUUGACAAAGAUUUGACACCAAAGAUUUCGGAUUUUGGCCUAGCAAAGCUCAUUCCACCAGACAAGUCCCAUCUCAGUACACGUGUUGCAGGAACAUUAGGUUAUUUGGCACCGGAAUAUGCAAUAAGAGGCCAUUUGACGCGUAAAGCAGACAUCUAUAGUUUUGGCGUUCUUCUGAUUGAAAUUGUAUGUGGGAGAUGCAACACAAACACUAGGUUACCCAUUGAAGAACAAUUUCUCCUUGAAAGGGUAUGGCGACUUUAUGAAACUGGGGAGCUGGUACUACUUGUAGAUACAUCAAUGGACGGGGCUUUUGAUGCUGAACAAGCCUGCAAAUUCUUACAAAUCGGGCUUCUCUGCACUCAAGAUGCCCCGAAGCUUCGGCCUUCCAUGUCGAGAGUUGUGAAGAUGCUAACCGGGGAGAUGGAGGUCGACAAGGAUAAGAUUACAAAGCCUGGGUUAAUAACUGAUUUCAUGGAUCUCAAGAUUAAAAAUCCUCCCAAAACUAGGCCUGAAAACAUUAAAGCUGCAUAUGAUUAUAUAUUAUCCUCAGAAUCAGAUCAUUCAAGUUUGCCUUCUGGAACUUCUUCCCAGGUUACUACCUUCACUACUAUACCAAAUGAUCAUUCAUAUUUAAGCACUAAUCCCCUUCAGUAGUGAGGAGUGUUGCAACACUUGUUGAUUCCCUUCAGGCUUCAGUUCCAUCUUAGUUUUGCUAGCCAAGUAUAUAUGCAUUUAUAUAUACAAAAUGUAGCUUGUAUGAUCAGAUCAUAAAGUCUGAACUUUAAUUUAAUUUUUUUUUUUUUUU